AUGAACCCCUUAUUGGCCGAGCGAGGAAACCCCCCACCGCGACGCAAAUCAUGCGAAGCGUGCAAGACCGCCAAGCGACGCUGCGAUCUGGCAUUUCCGGCGUGCUCUCGAUGCGCUACCAGGAAUACGCCAUGCAUUUACCCGGGACGACAGCCGGCAAUCCCACAGGAGCUGAUCGACGAGAUGGUCGAGUCGAUUGCUCAGACGGUUGACCCACCGUUUUCGUUUAAUGCGGGUGUCCCGUGUAUGACCGACUUCGGUAUACCUGAACUAUCCGACCCACCUACUGUUGCUCAUCCGUUCGAUGUCUUCGAUCCACAAUGGGAUUAUAUUGACUUCCACGCCCCAUGUCUUUCAUCAGAGCCACACAGUGGUGUCCUCAUCCCACAAUCAAGCUACACAAUGACCGCUCCGGUAGCAAGACCCCCGAUGCCUCUCUCGGCAAUCAUCGCAUCCCGACUCCAAUUCGCCAUUGACGUCCUCAAAGAUGUUCCCAAGAUGAUGAUCCAGGAGAACCAAACUCCUUGGUCUCAUAAACAACUCUAUGUAAACGGCAUGCCCAAACAUAUGCAAGGCAACUGCGCCCUCCACAUAACCCUGAACCCCCUCAACAGGCCCCUAAUAACUUCCCUAAUAAGAACCAACAUCCAAACCCUCCUCACAUCCCCAGUCCCGACAACACCCCUAGAAACCCUUUCCCACACACACGCCCUCCUCCUAUACCAAAUCAUGCUCUUCUUCUCCCCCGACCCAAACUCCAAUAUCUCUUUAAUCCCCGACCUCGAAUCCUCAGCCCUAACCCUACUGUCCUGCAUCUACUUCCCCGACCCCUCCAACACCGCCAGUAUCCUGCCGUCCAACCCAGAAGCAAAACAAGACUUCUGGACCUCGUGGAUCUUCCAAGAAUCUGCGCGCAGGACCGUUCUCUUCACUUUCUAUCUUAUACAGCUCUCUCGGCUGGUCCAGGGGGAGAAGAAUCUUGUCUGUGAUGGUAAACUGGGUUUGGUGCAUAGCUGGUACCUGUCGGCGCAUUUGUGGGGGGCGCAGGAUGCGGGGGAGUUUGGGGUGGCCUGGAUGGAGAAGGAUCAUUUUAUCGUUGGGGAAUUAAAUUUUGGGAGGGUGCUGACUGAGGCAAGGGCUGCGGAUGUGGAUGUUUUUGGGAGGAUGCUUUUGGUUAGUUAUCUUGGGAUUGAGGAGGCCAGGGCUUGGUUUUUGGCUAGAGGGGCUCUUUUGUAG